AAUGCGAAAAUACCUAGCGGCGGCGUCAUCCUCUGGCUCUUCCUGUGCGCACUGUUCCUGGUUAGAGCAGGAUGGCGGUGGUGUCGGGGCAGAAGCGCCGGUUACCGGCAGCGCUCGUGCUCCUGCUGUGUACAGGCUGGUGCUCGGCGUUUUAUCUUCCGGGUCUGGCUCCUGUAAGUUUCUGUGAAGAGGGAAAAGAGAAGGAGAACUGCAAGUCUCGGAUUGAGCUGUUUGUAAACCGUCUGGACUCUAUUCAGUCUUUUCUACCAUAUAAGUAUGAUGCCUUUGACUUCUGCACGGAUUACAAUGAGAAGCAUCCAUUAGAAAAUCUUGGCCAAGUGCUUUUUGGUGACCGAAUUGCAUCGUCCCCGUACAAGUUUACAUUUAACAAGAGUGAAACCUGUAAGGUAGUCUGCCAAAAGGAAUAUGACCCUAAAACUAAUCUUGAUCAUCUGGAUUUCAUUAAAAAAGGAAUACAGCUUAAUUAUCAGCAUCACUGGAUUAUAGAUAACAUGCCGGUGACCUGGUGUUAUUUUGUGGAGGAUGGCCAGAAAUACUGCCGCCCUGGAUUUCCAGUAGGAUGUUCAGUCACCUCAGAUGGGAGAGUGCAAGGUGCCUGUGUUAUGGAUUCUGAAUUUAACACUAAAGAUACUUUUUAUCUGUUCAAUCACGUCGAUAUAAUAAUCACAUACCACAGUGGUAAAGAUGAAAACUGGGAUGGCGCUCGACUGGUUUCAGCAAGCCUUGAACCAAAAAGUUAUAAACACGAUGAUGAUGAGCCAAAAUGUGAAGGCCCCUCAAUGGAGAUCCCCAUAGAACUCACAAGCAAGCUGAAAGUCACAUACUCAUACUCUGUGUCGUUUCAGGAAAACAAUGCUAUUAAAUGGGCUUCUCGUUGGGAUUAUAUAUUGGAAUCCAUGCCACACGCAAAUAUUCAGUGGCUCAGUAUCAUAAACUCGCUGGUAAUUGUCGUCUUCCUCUCCGGUAUGGUGGCAAUGAUUAUGUUUCAAACACUUCACAAGGAUAUUGCUCGAUACAACCAAAUUGAUUCUUCAAAAGAUGCCCAGGAGGAAUGUGGCUGGAAGGCGGUUCAUGGUGACAUAUUUAGACCACCAUACAAGGGAAUGCUGCUGCCCGUCUUUCUGGGGCAAGGAACACAGAUUUCCAUCAUGAUAUUCAUCACAUUAUUCCUGGCCUGUCUUGGAUUUCUCUCACCCGCUAACAGAGGGGCAUUGAUGACAUGUGCUGUUGUGUUAUGGGUCUUGUUGGGAACCCCUGCUGGUUACGUAUCUGCCCGGAUGUAUAAGACAUUUGGUGGAGAGGGAUGGAUAUCAAAUGCGCUAAUGACAGCACUUUUGUGUCCUGGGAUCAUUUUUGCUGAUUUCAUUAUUAUGAAUGUCAUUUUGUUGACAAAAGGCUCUUCAGCAACUAUUCCACUUGGGACACUGGUGGCUAUCCUGGCUAUGUGGUUUGGUAUCUCUGUCCCACUAACAUUCCUGGGAGCAUAUUUCGGAUUUAAACAGAGAGCAAUUGAACAUCCCGUUCGCACAAAUCGGAUUCCUCGUCAGGUUCCCACACAGUCCUUUUUGACCAAACCGUUCUCGGGUAUUAUCAUGGGAGGCAUUUUACCUUUCGGAUGCAUUUUCAUUCAGCUGUUUUUCAUUCUCAACAGCAUUUGCAAUCAUCAAAUGUACUACGCGUUUGGUUUCCUGUUUCUGGUUUUCAUUAUACUCCUGAUAACUUGUUCAGAGGCUACCAUCUUGCUUUGUUACUUCCAUCUAUGCAGAGAGGAUUAUCGUUGGUGGUGGCGGUCCUUCCUAACAAGCGGAUUCACUGCUGUUUACGUCUUCAUCUAUGCCGUUCAUUAUUUCGUCUUUAAGCUUCAAAUCACAGGAGCUGCCAGCACCAUUUUGUACUUUGGGUACACAAUGAUCAUGGUUUUAAUUUUUUUUCUGUUUACAGGCACCACUGGUUUUUUUGCAUGCUACUGGUUUGUCAGGAAGAUGUACAGCAAGCUAGAGGCUGUGAAGAUUUCCAAUGAAUUUGAUGCAGUCACAACGGAUGACUCCAUGAAUGAGAAGACUGUACCGGUCAAAGACUUGGAAUAGCAGCAUAUUGUGGGAUGGCACAGUGUAGAGACUUACUGUAGACGGGCUCUGUGGGUGACUUUACAGUGUUCUGUCAUGUGUUCAUCUUCAUCAACAUUGUGUCCCCCCUUUUAAUCACCAUUUGCAGUAAAUACCCAAGUGUGAGUCACAGAAUGUCACUGACCAGUAAUAAGUCAUAGCUGACCAUGACGUUGUUUGAUAUCCCACAAUGCUUUUAAGGCAGUCUAUAAUGUUUGCUCCUGUACCUUCCAGACAUUAUAGUCUGUCAGGAUUAUUUGUAGAAAGCAUCUUUAUGUUCUCCUCAUACUGUGAGUUUGGGGAAAUGUUUUUUAACAUAAGAUCUGUUCAUUUUAUUUUUUUAUUUAAACCUAUUCUAUUAAGUCACUACUAGCUGCUGAGCAUUUCAAUGUUCGUUUUUUAUUGUAUUGGUAAGAAAGCGUCUUCCCUGUAUGUACUUGAAAUGGUGGAUCUUCCAAGAAGCUCUGCUGGAAAGCAAGGUACUGGGACCACGAGUUUUCUAGUUAUGACAAACCAGAACAUGUAGCAUGUAUUUUCCAAUCUGCUGCCCAUGUCAUGUCUUAUGCAACUAAAACGAAGACCACAAAGCUUUCUAAACUGCCUUAUGAAAGUACAACCUGACUUUUGUCUUGGCGAUUUGACAUGCCAAGUUGUAAAUCGCCUUUUUUUCAAUGGGGGUCAACCUACCCCAUCAUAGAGACCUUACACUUGACUGGUUGCCCACCACGGAUCGAAAUGAUGCAAAGCAGCUCUUGGAUAUCGUGUCAUUUACCUCAAAAGCCACCAUGCAAUGUUACAUGGCUGAGUGUGAUGAUGUCAAACAUGAUUUCCAUGGAUUGUCUGGUGUCUCACCACCAAGAUAGAUGCACCUCCUUUCUUUUAGUGAUUGGAAAGAUAACGAUAACACAGUACAACCAUAACUGGAGAGCAUAGCCACUAUACUUGGAAUGGAGAUAUGCUUCUGGCUGUGUUAAAAAUUCCAGUUCUGACACCUGUGGCUGCAGGGAAAAACGUAUCAGCAUGGUGUCAGACCCCUAGGAUAGAUCAUCAGGAGCCCAGAAACCCUCUUUAGGGUGGUGUCACACACAGCUUUUUGGGGCAGUUUUUCGUGCAGUUUUCUAACCCAAAGCCAUAAGUGGGUUGGAAGGAGCUGUAAAUAUAAGGACGUCUACUUCUCCAAAGCUUAAUGCAGAAUAAUUAGUAUUAUAUUGCAGACUGAUUAUAUGUUUCAGUCACUCCAUUUGCAGCCAGAGCUGCAUCAAAAUGUUGCUUUCUGGGUCAACUUGAAACAGAGGUGACAGAUUUACCUUUGCAUAUUCAGUGACAGACAGGGCAGUGCAAUUGAUGAGCCAAACCCUUGACUCCUGACUAUAGUAAAAGCACUAGACAUCUAUUUUUGCCCAUUGUUCACGCAAAACUGCUCCAUAUCCUGCAAGUUAGAUGAGCUGUGUCCAGCAGUCUUCAAGUCAUGACAGAUUCUCAAUUGGAUUGUGGUCUCGGCUUUGACAAGGCCAUUCCAAGACAUUUGCCUGGAAGGUGAACCUCUACCCUAUUCCUAAAUCGCUGGCAGACUUACAGGUCUUCUUCAUGAAUUGUCCUGUAUUUACUGUAAUCCAUAUUUCCUUAAGUCCAGUUUUCCAGCCUCUGCAGAUGAAAAGCAUUCCCAUAGCAUGAUAUUAUGAUAAACUACCUUGGGGUUAUAGGAACGGUUAGGUUUACACCACACACAGUAUUUCCCAUGAUGGCCAAUGGAAAGUUCAUUUUUAGUCUCAUCUAACCAGAGACCCUUUUAUGUGUUUGGGGAGUCUGCUACAUGUGGUUUGUUCCAGGGUAUCUGCAAUUUUCUUAUGAUUUGUAAUGUUAUAUUCUGUUUCUGCUUUGUACUCCAGCGAAUGAGUAUGGUUGGCAGGAACAGGGCUUACCCCUCUUGGUGGGAGUGGGCUGGUCCUGCUUCCUGCUGGGAGGGGGAGUUCGAGUCCAGAUUGAGAUUUAGCAUGUGCUUCCCAUCUCCUCUCUGAGAGAUUGUAACCAGUUCUCCUGUGAGACCUUUAAUACAGGAAGAGUCAAGAACACUGCUUUUAAAGAACUUCAGUGUGCCUAGACAGCAGAACCACAGGUUUAAAGACCCUGCCGAAGGUGAGGGACUAUAGUUCAGACACCCAUCACAAGUGCCAUUGAAUUGCCAUGUUACUAGCCACCAUACCUCAUCACCUGGUGAUAGAAACUGCACUUUGUACCUACUACUGCUGAAUGUACUACACGUUAUAUUUUGCACUAAGUAAAGAGAGACUUAUACUUUUACUUCUGGCCUGAUUCUUCAAACCACCUUUCCGCUGCACUGAUCCUCAGGGAGCAAUGACCCGAGGGAGUACACUGUGACACAUCUCAUCAGAGCCACUCCUAAUCUCUGGACCUGCUCCUCAGGUGCUCGCCGCAUUUGGUGACCUCCAAACAUGUUUUCUUUCGCUUUUCAGUUUCCCAUGGCAUUUCUUAAAAUGCAUGUAUACUCCAUGCAAGCAUACAUGAAUGCAUAGUCUUUCAGUUGCCCUGGUAUCAAUUGAACAAACAAACUCUCGUGCCAUAAUCCCCGUCCAUGGGCUGCAGUAUGGCAGUGCCAUUUCCUUGUUUUUCACAGGCACUGAACAGCAUAUGGAGAGGUCCAGGACAUGCGCACAUACAGAGGAUUCUGCUGCUUGUAUCUAUGCAUCUCUCGUACCUGUCCACUUGCUGUUCAGCAUCUGCACAGAAUCAUAGUUACCACGGAACCCAGAAGUUCUGCAGACUGUGGCCUUUCAGAACAGGUGUAUUUAUACUCCCAUCAUGUGACAUUGCACAUAGGGGGUUGUAAUACUACAAAACAGGAAAAAUACAGGGGUGAAUACUUUGACAAAACACUGUACAUAUUAUAUUAAGAAUGAGUCUGCAUAAUGCAUAACAGGCUCUGUACUCUCUGUAGGACAUCCACAAAAAAUGGUGCUAUUUAUUCCAAAUUCUUGAAGUGAUCAGAGCUCUGGAUUAGGGGAUUAGUGAGUAAAAAUAUUCUGAAUGCUGCAUUAAUUCUCUGUAUGAAGUUACGCUGGAUGUGACUCCAUUUGUCUGUGUAUUGGGGUAUGUGGAGGACUUGCCAAUCACUGAACCCGGGAAGAUAGCAGUGGCCAGAAUGUUGUAUAUGGCUCGUAAGCUGAUUGCUCAACAUUGGCUGGAUGAGGGUAGCCCUAGUAAAACCGAAUUUAUAGCCAAGAUUAAUUGGUUACUUAAUCUGGAACGAGGGGUCUAUAGCAAGAGGGGUGCCAUGGCCAAAUUUGAAAAGCUCUGGACUCCUUGGAUUGAUGCCCCCGGGCUGGCGUCCAGGGAACUUCAGAGAUACCGUUUAGGAUUAGUGUGAGGGUACUAUCGCUUAUUGUACAUAUAUGGCUCGGUGAUUGGCGAUUUCUUAAAGGAGAAAUGGAAUGUUUCUACACUGUGUAGUGUACUGUGGGGAAGUUAUGACCGAUAACGAAUGUAUAUUCCAUUUAUAAGAUCACAACUUUUCUUUCAAGAUUUUGUGGGAUUGUAGUAGGGACGGGGCCUGUGCCUGUGUAAUUAUUAUGUGGUGGUGAUGGUGUAACCGAAUGUUGAAGCUAUGGAAGAUGGAGGGCAUCACGAUGAUGGUUUGUGGGGGAAGGGUAUGUGGGGGUUGGGGCCUUAUGUUUGUAUUAUUAAAAUGCUAAUAAAAAAAUUACUUUAAUAAAAAAAAAAAAAA